UCUCAGUCGACCGGCGACCACGGGUAGGAGAGGACGUCUAUAUAGAACAUUCUAAUUCUAAUAAACAGGAAAAAUGGUGAAAGUGGACGUUAAAUACACUAAGUUGUUCAUCAACAACGAGUGGGUGGACGCUGUAAGCAAGAAGACGUUCCCCACCAUCAAUCCUCAAGAUGAGACUGUCAUCACUCAGGUUGCCGAAGGAGACAAGGCUGAUGUGGACUUAGCAGUAGCUGCCGCAAAGAAAGCGUUCCAUCGGUAUUCAGAAUGGCGUAUGAUGGACGCGUCACAGCGCGGACGACUUCUGCUGAAAUUGGCUGAUCUGCUCGAGUCCCAAGCCAGAUACCUAGCCGAACUUGAAACUCUUGACUGCGGGAAACCGGUCAAGACCGCCGAAGAAGAAGUCUACUACUCCGCUAGCGUCUUCAGACACUACGCUGGCAAAGCUGAUAAGAUUACAGGAAGCACCAUUCCUGCAGAUGGAGAUGUUUUGUCUUUCACAAUCAAGGAACCCGUGGGUGUUUGUGCUCAAAUCAUUCCCUGGAAUUAUCCAAUUCCAAUGCUGACCUGGAAACUCGCACCAGCCUUAGCCGCAGGGUGCACUAUGAUAGUGAAGCCAGCUGAGCAGACUCCCCUCACCGCUUUAGCCGUAGCAGCCUUGAUCAAGGAAGCAGGGUUCCCGGCUGGUGUGGUCAACAUCAUUCCCGGCUACGGACCCACCGCGGGAGCCGCCCUAACUCAUCAUCCUGAUGUUGACAAAGUCGCUUUUACUGGAUCAACUGAGGUUGGAAGAAUUGUUAUAGCGGCCGCUUCAGUAGUCAACUUGAAGCGUGUGACUCUGGAACUGGGAGGGAAGAGCCCUUUGGUCAUCUUUAAUGAUGCUGAUGUGGAGAAAGCAGCCCAAAUAGCCCAUGCCGCUGCAUUUGCCAACGGUGGCCAGUGCUGCUGCGCUGGCACGAGGACCUACGUCCAGUCCGGCAUUUACGACAAGUUCGUAAAGAAGGCUGCUGAGAUCGCGCAAAAGAGAUCCGUUGGGAACCCCUUCGAUGAUGUACAGCAAGGGCCUCAGAUUGACGCAGACAUGUUUAAGAAGGUGUUGGGAUAUAUCGAGGCUGGUAAGCAGGGUGGGGCAAGGUGCGUCGCUGGUGGUGACAGACAUGGCAACAAAGGCUACUUCAUCAAACCAACUGUCUUCGCUGAUGUGAAAGAUGACAUGAAAAUCGCUAGAGAAGAGAUCUUCGGGCCGGUUCAGAGCAUCCUGAAGUUCGAAACGUUUGAGGAGGUGAUUGACCGCGCUAACGAUUCCAAAUACGGACUGGCUGCUGGUGUCAUCACCAAUGAUAUCACGACUGCGAUGAGCUUCGCGAAGUUCGUACGAGCUGGCUCUUUGUGGGUAAACACUUAUGACUACGUCACCAGCCAGACUCCGUUUGGUGGCUUCAAGGAUUCUGGAAUCGGCAGAGAGUUGGGUGAAGAUGGAGUCAACCAGUAUCUGGAAAUCAAGACUGUUACAAUGGCUGUUCCGAAGAUGCCCCAACUUUAAAACUUCAAUCGCAAAUAAAGAUUAAAUAUAUAUAUUUUUUUAUAUUUUUAUCUCACUUUUAAAAUAAAGAUGUUUUGUUCACUAUAA